AUGGCGAUAUCUAUCGAAGAGCUCGACGCUCUCCAAAAAGCCGCCCAGGCCGCUCUGAACCAGUUCAAGGAGGAUCCUGACGCAUGGCUUAUGGUGGACGACAUCCUGUCCAAGGCGAACUAUCCACAAACAAAGUACCUGGCGUUGCAGGUUCUUGACAACGUUAUCUCAACGAGAUGGAGGGUUCUUCCGAGGGAGCAAUGCCAAGGCAUCCGUAACUUCAUCGUCUCCUUCAUCCUGCAAUGCUCUAGCACCGAGGAGUCCUUGCGAUCCCAACGAACCCUGCUCAAUAAGCUCAACCUCGUCCUCAUCUCUGUCCUGAAGCAGGAGUGGCCUCACAAUUGGCCGACCUUCAUCAACGAGAUCAUACAAGCCUGUCAUUCGAGCCUGUCAGUCUGCGAGAACAAUAUGAUCAUCCUUCGACUUUUGUCCGAAGAGGUCUUCGACUACUCCGCCGAGCAAAUGACCUCCACCAAGACCCGGAGUCUGAAGACGACCAUGUGCAACGAGUUCUCACAGAUCUUCCAGCUUUGCCAGGAAAUCCUUAACACGGCAACCCAACCGAGCUUGGUACUGGCGACGCUCGAGACGCUGCUUCGAUUCUGCAACUGGAUCCCCCUCGGGUAUAUCUUUGAAACGCCGUUGAUCUCGCUGUUGCGGACUCGUUUCUUGGAGGUGCCUGAGUUCCGCAAUGUCACGCUUCAAUGCUUGACAGAGAUCGGUGGCCUCCAGACAGCGGGGCCGGCGGGCAACAACUAUGACGAGCAGCUCGUGAAGAUGUUUACUGAGGUGCUUACCACGAUAUCGACCAUUAUACCUAUCCAGAUGGACCUCAAGACGACAUAUCCACAGAGCAACUCCAGAGACCAGCAAUUCGUACAGAAUCUGGCUCUGUUCUUGACCAACUUCUUCUCCAUGCACCUGAAUUUGAUUGAGAAUCUGCCGAACCGCGACUACCUCUCUCACGCACACUACUACCUGAUUCGCAUUUCUCAGAUUGACGACCGAGAGAUCUUCAAGAUUUGCCUGGACUACUGGCUCAAGUUGGUCCAAGAGCUCUACGAAGAAAUGCAGUCCCUUCCCAUAGGCGACAACCCCCUCAUGGCUAUGGGAGCCAUGUCAGGUGGCGCACCGAAUCCCGCGCUUCUGAACAACUACCCCUUGCGGAAGCACAAAUACCAAGAGGUCUUGUCCAACCUUCGAGUCGUCAUGAUCGAGAAGAUGGUUCGCCCCGAGGAGGUUUUGAUUGUCGAGAACGACGAAGGCGAGAUCGUUCGAGAAUUUGUGAAGGAAAGUGACACCGUGCAGCUAUACAAGACCAUUCGCGAGUGUCUCGUCUACCUCACCCACCUGGACGUCGUCGACACAGAGCAAAUCAUGACAGAUAAGCUCGCCAAGCAGGUCGACGGCUCUGAAUGGUCCUGGCACAACUGCAACGUUCUGUGCUGGGCCAUCGGAUCAAUCUCGUUGGCCAUGAACGAAGAAACGGAGAAGCGCUUCCUGGUCACCGUGAUCAAAGACCUGCUUGGGCUCACGGAAAUGAAGCGCGGUAAAGACAACAAGGCCGUGGUUGCAUCCAAUAUUAUGUAUAUUGUCGGCCAAUACCCUCGCUUCUUGAAGGCUCACUGGAAAUUCCUGAAGACGGUCGUGAACAAAUUGUUCGAGUUCAUGCAUGAGUCUCAUGAAGGUGUUCAGGAUAUGGCGUGUGAUACGUUCAUCAAGAUAGCCAAGUCUUGCAAGCGUCAUUUCGUUGCCCUCCAGCCUAGUGAACACGAGCCCUUCAUUGAGGAGAUUGUGAGGAACCUACCUAAGAUUACGGCCGAUCUCACGCCCCAGCAAGUGCAUACUUUCUACGAGGCAUGCGGCUAUAUGGUGGCCGCCCAGGGCAACCGCAACCAGCAGGAGCGACUAUUGGCGGAGCUCAUGCAACACCCCAAUGCUGCUUGGGACGAGAUCAUCAAGCAGGCGACCGUCAACCCAGCAAUUCUGCAAGACGCCGAUACUAUCAAGAUCAUCGGAAACAUCAUGAAGACCAACGUGUCGGCUUGCUCAUCUGUCGGGUCGUACUUCUACCCGCAAAUUGGCCGCAUUUACCACGACAUGCUGCAGAUGUACAGGGCUACAAGCCAGCUGAUCUCUGAAUCCGUCGCAAAGGAAGGUGAAAUUGCCACCAAGAUGCCGAAGGUCCGGGGGUUGCGCACAAUCAAGAAGGAGAUUCUGAAGUUGAUCGAGACGUACGUGGAUAAGGCCGAAGACCACGCAGCCGUGCGAACCCAGAUGGUCCCACCUCUGCUCGACUGUGUCCUUGUCGACUACAACCGUAAUGUGCCUGGCGCUCGCGAUGCGGAGGUUUUGAGGGCCAUGACGGCUGUCAUUUCGAAAUUGUCCGCUCUCAUGGAGGAUCAAGUACCGAUCAUUAUGGAGAACGUGUUCGAAUGCACGCUGGAGAUGAUCAACAAGGAUUUCUCCGAGUUCCCAGAGCACAGGGUCGAAUUCUUCAACCUGCUGAGGGCCAUCAACCUGAACUGUUUCCCUGCUCUGCUGAAGUUGGACAACCGACAAUUCAAGUUUGUGAUCGACUCUUGCAUGUGGGCUAGCAAGCACGACAACCGCGACGUUGAAGCUGCAGGCCUUAACAUGUGCCUCGAGCUGAUCAACAAUAUUGCUGAGAAGACUGAUGUUCAGACGUCGAACGCUUUUUUCAACCAGUUCUUCACACCGAUCCUGCAGGAUGUCUUUUUUGUAGUCACGGAUCAGGAUCACAAGGCCGGGUUCAAGACGCAGUCGAUGCUGCUUAUGCGCAUGUUCUACUUCGUACAGCCAGCUGAUGGAACUGCUUCGAAGAUCCAAGGUCCUAUCUAUCAGCCGGAGAUGGCCCAGGCAGGUACCACGAACCGCGAGUUCCUGGGCAAUUUUGUGGCGACCUUGUUGGCAAAUGCCUUCAACAACCUCCAAGCACCACAAAUUACAGCCUUUGUUGAGGGGCUGUUCACACUCAACACGCAGUAUGACAAGUUCCGACUUCACCUACGUGAUUUCCUCAUUUCUAUGAAGGAGUAUGCUGGUGACAAUGCCGAGCUGUAUCAAGUGGAGAAGGAGAAAGAAGAUGCUGCCAAGCAACAAGCAGACCUGGACCGCAGGUCGAAGGUCGGCGGUCUCAUGAAGCCGUCGGAACUGGAGAACGAUGAUGACGAGCUGUGA